UUAGGGUGGCUCGCUCACUUUUAAGUCUUCUUUCUUCCGAUUCUUUGACGAUCUGAACCCGUUUCUCCCCCACCUGGGGGGUGUUCCGGGCACCCCCGCCAAAAAUGUGCUAUUUUGGAUUGUUGGCGGUCCUGCCAGCUUUGUUUUUCCUGGUGGGUUGCGGGAAAUGCAAGCCUCUAGAGGACUGGGACCAGGUGGCUGCCCUGGGAAGGGCCAAUUCUGGUUUUGGAGACAGCAGAAACAGGGAAGAUGACAUGAGCCUUGACUUUAAAACUUUUCUGGAAAACAUGAAGGUGGAUUUUUUGCGGAGUCUGAACCUCUCGGGGGUCCCAACCCAAGACAGGACCAAAGUGGAGCCGCCGCAGUUCAUGAUCGAUCUGUACAACAGAUACACCACCGAUAAAUCCACCACCCCUGCGUCCAACAUAGUGAGGAGCUUCAGUAUCGAAGAUGCGGUAUCUAUAACAUCACUAGAAGGAUACCCCUUUCAGAAACACAUCUUGCUCUUUAACCUCUCUAUCCCACGGCACGAGCAGAUCACCAGAGCUGAGCUAAGGCUCUUUGUCUCCUGCCAGGAUGACGUCAAGCUGUAUCAUGAACUGAAAGGCAACGUGUCCAUUUACGACAUCCAAGAUGGAGGCAACCGCUGGGAUGACCCAGACGGGACGAAAUCAUUCAUCAUGACCCAGCCCAUCCAGGAAAGUGGUUGGAAAACGUUUGAGGUGUCCAGUGCAGUGAAACGCUGGGUGAGAACGGACCAAUCAAAGAACAAGAACCAACUGGAAGUCAUAGUGGAGAGCCAAACGGUGGGAGAUUUUCACUGCAGAAAGCUAGAUAUCGGCGUCCCCCCAGAUUCCAAGAACCUUCCUUUUUUCGUAGUGUUCUCGGACGACCGUAGCAAUGGCACAAAGGAAACCAGAAUGGAACUCCGUGAGAUGAUAGGUCACGAGCAAGAGAGCGUGCUCAGAAAGCUGUCCAGGACUGGCCUGAUGAGGGAACGUGAGAGAGAGGAGGAAGAGAUGGAUGACAAACUCGUUUUCGUCACCGGACCCUCUUCGGCCAGAAGCAAACGAAGUGCUGGCGCCAACAGCCACUGUCAGAGGACCUCCCUCCGGGUGAACUUCAAAGACAUCGGCUGGGACAGCUGGAUCAUUGCCCCCAAGGAGUAUGAUGCCUAUGAAUGCAAAGGAGGCUGCUACUUCCCUCUGGCCGACGACGUGACGCCGACUAAACAUGCCAUCGUCCAGACUUUGGUGCACCUAAAAAACCCCAUGAAAGCCGGAAAGGCCUGCUGCGUCCCUACCAAACUGAAUGCCAUUUCCAUUCUCUAUAAAGAUGAUGUUGGGGUCCCCACAUUAAAGUAUCAGUAUGAGGGAAUGAGUGUAGCAGAAUGUGGCUGCAGGUAGUACCAAUACAUCUGAAGAUCUAAAGGAGGGAGAAGUCAGGGUGGAUUGUUGGCAUUGGGGGUGGUCAUAAUCAAGGCCCUUGUAUAAAUCUGUAUAUUGAUGGUAUGAAUGUAAAUAAGCAACCAAGGUGUGAAAAGAAAGAAGAAACUUAGGAUGCUUCAUCUGGAAUUCUCAAUCUGUUGAAGGAAUGCACAUCAAAGAGCAAAAUCUUCAGAAAAGUGACCACGGAGAGAAUGGCAAGUGUUAAGUGGAAAACCAAGAGGGGAAUAAAAAGAGAGGAAAACAUUGGACAAAAGCAACUCUGAAGAUAGAAAAAUAUUUUCAGAAUAAAUGAAAUGAAAGAACACAGGCUGAUUCGU